UCUUAUACAGGGAACAUACAUUUUAUGCUGCGUUCACUACAAGGGUUUGCAUAUGCAAACAAAACUGUGCGCUUUCGUGUCAUCUGCGGACGGGAAUGCAGCAAGGAUGAAUGUUGCAAGUCGUUUAACUUUAACGACUGCAGUAUUACUGUGCGGGCUGAACCUUGCCACAAAACGAGAGCAUCCCGAAGACUUCAAUGCAACACAGACACUUCGACUCUAUAUAACACCAAACCUUGAGUGUAAGAGCAGAGACAGUUCUAAAGGUGUCGCACCGCAUCCAUCGCGUGAGACAAUUGUUGCAGGAGAUUGUCUGAGCGAAUCAACUUCAUACAAACAGCAACGAUGGCAUCGAGUUGGAUUCUUGCUGUGCUUGUGGUCACCAUUUUGUGCCAACUCUCCUCAUGUCACCCUGUCAGUGGCGGAUCUGGACCAACCCGUGUAGGACACUCAUUUUCUUCAGCACCAUGCAGCCCAGAGGCCUUAGGGCUCGAAGACGGAAGAAUCCCUGAUAGCAGCAUUACGGCAUCGUCCGUCCAUAGUAGUAGCUUUCUCCCAAGCACCGCUCGACUCAAUGUAGGAAUCCAAGGAUGGAUACCAAGCACUCCAGCAGAUCAGUGGAUCCAGGUCGACCUGGGUAAACCCACGGUGGUUACCGGGCUCACCAUGCAAGGAUACGACACAGGAACCGUUCAUUAUAUCACUGCAUUUUCAGUCCAGCACAGCCUCACAGCCGAGUCGGAUGACUGGCAGAGUUUAGCCGAUGCUGACGGUGGAGCAAUCAGAUUCACCUUGAGCAGUGGUCGGCCGACGAAUGUCACUUUUCCUGUGGUACCCAUAGCAAGGUUUAUUCGCAUACUACCCCUGGCCUGGACUCAUCAAUACUACAGAGUGAGGUUUGAGGUAUUCGGAUGCCAAGUCCCAGAUGGUGCAGUGAGGUUGGUGAAUGGCACUGAUGCUUUGCGUGGCCGGGUGGAAAUCUACCACCACGAUACAGCAUCCUGGGGAGCGGUGUGCGGUAAUGACUGGGGGAUAAACGACGCAAUCACGGUGUGCCGUCAGCUGGACCUCGGUGCUGCAAUCCAGGCCAAAACAGCCUCAGAAUACGGGAGAGGUGACCUGCCGAUCAUGAUGAGCCGAGUCGCCUGUGAGGGGACGGAGAGCCGACUGGUCGACUGCCCGUUUGUCUGCACCAACUACCAGCAGUGUGAAAGCUCAAACGUUGCCGGAGUAUUUUGCUAUCCAAAAAAUACUGUUAGGUUGGAGGGAGGUUCCAAUGACUUCAGUGGCCGGGUUGAGAUCUUCCGAAACUACACGUGGGGAACGAUCUGCGACCGUGGCUGGGACGCCACGGAUGGCGGAGUGGUCUGCAGACAACUCAGGUACAGCGGCGCCGUGGAGGCUAAGUCCGGAGCACACUACGGGGAAGGCAACGGCCUUGUCCAUAUGGAGGGCGUGGCCUGUACCGGCUCAGAGGAGGGACUCGCUAACUGUCCGUCCCUCUGCUGGACAGCAUCCACCUGCAGCCACAGCCGAGAUGCCGGGGUCAUCUGCAGUGUCGAAACCAGUGGUUCUGAAGAAACCAACCCUGAGUGACGUGACUAUUGACAACUGGCUUCAUGCAGUGCCUGCGAUAGCCCUGCUUAUAGACUACAUGCGAAUGUACAUGGCAUGCGGUUGAUAUAAAGGUUACUCCGUUAUGUAUUAAAUGUAUCACUUAAUUCGUAGCGUAAUCACCUUCAUCUUGUGCCAUUUCUAUUAAUUUUGAUGUCUCAUUAGGAAAGCUCGUGGCAGCGCGAAAAGAUUGACACUUGGGAUUUUUUUCUCGCGUGACAUGCUCCAAAAGAUGGUUGACCUUAUGUAGGACCAGGGUAUUUCGGGUCGUCUAAGCCGACUUUUUCUAGUAAGAUUGGCAGGAAAAUUGGUUUUCAAUCAAAUGCUUCCAAAUUUUACUCAACACUUCUUGAAGUCAAUAUUCAUUCAAUCAAUAAACGUUUGGCAUCCAAAGUUACCGCUAAGGGACGGAUUACACAUUUUGGGGCAAAAUUAUUUUGUCAUUUUGUCACAAAAAAAUUCAAUCGUUCUACCAAAAUCGGCAGAAAAGAAAGGUGAAAUUAACAUAAUAUGGGGAUGUAGCAUUAAUUAAGAAACUAAACUGUAUAAAAAAUUACCCAAAACUUUGUGGAGAAGAGGUGAAAAAAACUACUUUUCGCGCCGAUUGGGGCCAUGUUGGGCAAGCAUGCAUUUUAGUUGAUCACAUGACCAUGAAGUUCAAAUCUAAAGUAGAUACUGAAAUGUUUUGUGUGCAAAGAAACUUUGGUUUUGACCCACAAAACUGCAAAUGUCCAUAUUUUGAAUACAAAAAUAAACAUGUUAUGCGUACUAGUAUUGUUUUUAAAUUGUUUGGCAUGGUAAUCAUAGAAUCCCACAGAAGUUGUUUGACACCUUUAAUAUAAAUGGUACGUUUGAUUAGCUCAACUGUGUCGGCUCGGGUAAGCAGCCCCUUGCCAUUCCAUCAUUGUCGGGGUUCCUGACUCACUCGGGUCAGCCACCUCAUACUGUCGUACAGACCAUUCUCGGUGAGCAGAGUCAGUGGUGGAAAUACGUCACAAGCAUGCGUUUUUCAUUCAAAGAAACGGACAAAUAUGGCGGUCGAAUAGUGGAAAAAGAUGGAGUUGACCCAGAAAUCAGCUUUAUUUGAAGUCUAAAAAUAAGCCUUUUGAGCUCAUUGCGACUUUAGAGUAUUCCAGCCCUAUUUUGUUACUGUUUGCAAUUGACGGACAAGCAGUAAAUGUCGAUGUCAGACUCAGUUUGUCGUUCUGUCAAUGGCUCCCCGUGACUACGGACCGUCACGUUAGGAUCAUGAUGGUCCAAGUUUGAGCGUUCGAUUAGCACAACUCUCUUGCCUAACCCGUCUGCCUUUAUUACCCGAGUCGAUCCGGAUGAGCUACUCGAACGCAUCCCGUAAUUAAGAAAAUUCAACAAAUUUCAUGCUAACCAGAAAAGGUUCAAUAAAGGGAAAACAGAGAAAAACGAAAUUUCACUCAAUACAAUGUUAUUUACUUUUUUAUAUUUACCUUAUUUAGGACGGAUUUGGGUUCUGUUUGUUACAUGAGAAAGCAAGUGCAUUUUACAAUCAAUAGUGCUGAAAGAGACACACUAUGUUACUUUGAUUAAUUUUCAUUCAUAAUUUGCUCUGGCUCAAAUUUGUUUUUCAAUUGGCAUGAACAAAACGCAUGAUAAAAAACAUUAACAUGUACAUUGUGUAGUACAUGUACAUUGUGUAGUAAAAUAAAAGGCAUGGUUUAAUACAGCGUAUAGCAGAAACUGCUUUGUAGUAUUGUUUAUGAAUAUUUAUAUAACAGCAUCUUACAUUCUCUAUAGCCUCUCAUGAAUACUUCGUUCUUGGAAUCUACAGUCAAAAUUGCAUCUAACAAAUUAUUUACAUAUUCUUCUUUGAUCAAAACUAUGUCAUAUUUUUAAGUACACAACAAAUUCAUGACUCAUGAAUAUUCACACUCAGUCUGCCAUUACUCAUAUUUCUGAAGGUUUAUUUGCUAUGCUAGAAACAUCGAUUUAUUUUUCACAACCAUUAUUGUUAUCAAACGUACACGGGGUGCUCGUAGUUAAUAAAUCAAUGUGUUGCACUUAAAAGUUGUUUAUUAAAGUUUCAAUCGCUUGCCAAUUUAUUUUCAACUUGAACUUAAUCAUCAAUCCAUAAGAAUCUUACCAUAUUAUUACUCUCUUUGUAAGAAUAUUACAAAUUCCUACUCGCUUAGAUUCUUAUAAGAAUCAAGAUUUUCUCUUCAUCAUUUUUAUCAAUAAAUAUGUCAUGGUAGUCAAAAACCUA